UCCCGUUUGUCGUUUUCUUUUUUUGCUUCGCGUUCCCCCGGUGAGGUUUUGGUUGGGCUGCACAAACAAUGAUGUCGGAGCAGGAGGCUUUGAAGAACUCCAGCGCGAGGAACCGUGGAGGCGUGCAGCGGGUGGAGGGCAAACUGCGAGCCAGUGUGGAAAAGGGUGAUUACUAUGAAGCCCAUCAAAUGUAUCGCACCUUGUUCUUUAGGUACAUGUCACAGGCCAAGCAUGCGGAGGCCAGGGAGCUGAUGUAUAAUGGGGCACUGCUAUUCUUCAGCUACAACCAGCAAAACAGCGCCGCUGACCUGUCCAUGCUUGUGCUGGAAUCUCUGGAAAAGUCAGAAACAAAAGUAUCAGAUGAGAUAUUCGAGCAUCUAACCAAGCUCUUCAGCCUGAUGGACCCCAACUCCCCAGAGAGGGUGGCCUUCGUAUCCCGUGCACUUAAGUGGUCCACGGGGGGCUCCGGCAAGCUGGGGCACCCAAAACUGCACCAGCUGCUGGCUGUCACCUUGUGGAAAGAGCAAAACUACAGCGAGUCCCGCUACCACUUCCUGCACUCGUCGGACGGCGAGGGCUGUGCGCAGAUGCUGGUGGAGUACUCAGCGUCGCGUGGCUACCGCAGCGAGGUGGACAUGUUCGUGGCCCAGGCCGUCCUACAGUUUCUUUGCCUGAAGAACAAGAGCAGCGCAUCUGUGGUGUUUAGCACCUACACACAGAGGCACCCGUCCAUAGAGAGGGGCCCCCCCUUCGUCCAGCCGCUGCUCAACUUCCUCUGGUUCCUGCUGCUGGCCGUGGACGGGGGGAAGCUAACGGUCUUCACUGUGUUAUGUGAGCAGUACCAACCCUCCCUGAAGAGGGACCCCAUGUAUAAUGAGUACCUUGACAGGAUAGGACAGCUCUUCUUUGGCGUGCCCCCAAAACAAACGUCCUCCUACGGCGGGUUGCUAGGUAACCUGCUGAAUAGCCUGAUGGGAUCAGGCGAGGAUGAGGAGGGUGAAGAGGUUCAGGAAGACGGCAGCCCUAUCGAAUUGGACUGAGGAGUGGGGCGGGGGGGGGGCAGAGGCUGGCCCGGUCUUGGGCUCUGAGCAGCAGAACCCCAGCUGCCCGCCCCAGCACACUAAACCGAAACAGAACCAGAGGAAAAAAAUGGCCGCUCCCCCCCCCCCCCCCAACCACCCAACCACCCACCACCCCCCCGGUGCCCCGGGACUGCAGCAGCGUUUUUUGGUCUUUUUUUUAUUGUUUUUUCUUGGGCCUUUGUUUUUUCCUCAUAGUUAGCAUUUUUUUUAUGCAAUUUUAAGAGAGGGGGGCUCACAUCUGCUCUUGGUGUAUUUUUUUUUUGUAUUUUUCCCUCUUCCACAGGGGAAUGAUCUCGAUAUUUAUGCGUAACAUUACAGUUUCAGUCAGUGUGCAGUAGACUCUGCACACACUGAACGACCAUGGCGUGGGGGGGGGGGGGGGGUGCACUUAUUGUACCAUUAAAGUAACGAGGAUAAAUUAUGCUCUUUGUAAAGUAAGCGUCUGUCGGACUCCUCCAUGCUCCUUGGGGGUGUGUGUGUGUGGUCCCACAGCAGUACUUGCGUGUUACAGUGAGUGAGGCAGUGUACAGUUUGCAGUGUCCCUGUGAGGCUCCUCGGGGGCAUUGCUGGCUGUUUAUGAACAUGCGCAUUUCAGAUACCGUGUGUCUUGUGCAUGUUGGUGGUCGGUUGUGUGUGUGUGUGUGUGUGUGUGUGGCUUCUGACAGCAGGAUGCCCAUCGUCUCGAGAUUUUCCGUUAGAGUAGCUGGUGUGCCCCCCCAACCCCCCCGUAGCUACGGUGCGCUGAGGAAACCAGUCACUGAAAAAUAAAAGUCCACAUGAACAGUUUGUGCUGUACAUCUCGCGUACUUUCUGGCUGCGCACCUAGGGAUCCGAUCAGUGUUCCACCUGAUUCGGAUGUACAGCAAACCCUGUGGAAGCUGCUUUUUAUUCUACACAGGGUGUCAUAUUGGGAAACUGCAGCCGUUCUGAGAUUCAGCCCACGCAGCUGUCUUGUGUACAUGGCUGGUUAACCACAGGACAAGGGUUCCCUAACGUAAGAUGCGUUCCAGUAGGUAUGAUUUAUGCAAACUGAUUUUCUUACAUACCGGUAAAAACCCAUUCUUGCUUUUACUUAGGCACAGUCAUAAUGCAUUGGAAUUGGUCAUGGUGGUGCAGGACCUCGUACCAGUCACGCUGGUAGCUGUCCUGCUCGGGCAGCUGGGCUCUGCGCUGUCUUCUCCUUUUGUGUCUCAUUAAUAAUGUCCGUACGCGAGUGUGAAUGUGACAGGCCGAUACACCUCAAGACAAUGGCCCGGCGACACAAAGCUGAACAUACUGGGACGUUUAUGUCAGACGACCUUGUCCCUGGAAUGCAACAGUGUUUCUUUCAUAUGAUCGAACAAGUUAAUAAACGCCGAUCUUUGAACGUC